GUGUACGGCGCGCCCGUCCCCGCCCCCGCCGCCGCCGCCGCCGCCGCCGCCGCCCCGUUUCAGAGAUGGUGCUGCGCCGCCUCAAGAAGCUGCUGGCAGCAGAGGACAGCGCACUGCUCGGCUGCUGGCGCCUGCUCUCCAUCCACGAACCGUACAACCUGUACCUGCUGACCAUCCUGCUGGGAUGCUACCUGUUGGCUCAGAUCAACCAGUACGUGCUGGCCGUGGUCGCCCGCCCCAUGGCACAGGAGAUCGGCUUUGGAGAGCGAAUGUAUGCCAACAACCAAACCGAGUCGUCGUACACGAACAACUGCACCUUCACCGCGCCACCGAUGGAGGCCUCGCUCGAGACCCAGUCGCUGGCCAACAUCCUGGGCGAGGUGAGCGAGGCGGCGCUGACAGUCGGCCCGGCUCGCUCAAACGACUCGUCCGCCCCGGCGAGCCUGCCUGGCUGCGAGCAGCCGCUCUACCAGCCGGCCGGGUAUCAGUACAAUGUGCUCAUCGGGCCCGCCUUCUUCCUCUUCUUCACGGGCACCGGCAUUCCGCUGGGGAUUGUGGCCGACGUCUACAGCAGGAAGGUGAUUCUCGGUAUCUGUCUGCUCCUCUGGUCCGCCUGCACCACAUGCACCGGCUUUGUCACCACCUACUGGCAACUGCUGCUACUCAGGAUAGGCGUAGCCGUCGGGCAGUCGGUCUGCGUGCCGCUCUGCACCAGCCUCAUCGCCGACCACUUCAGCCAGAAGACCCGCGGCGCCGCCCUCGGCUUUUUCAGCCUGGGCACCAACGCCGGCUACAGCCUGGCCUUCACGCUCGGCGACCUCAUCACCAGAGCCAACUUCUACGGCAAGGGCUGGCGGAUGGCGUUCAUCCUGACGGGGCUGCCGGGCAUCCUGCACAGCUUCAUCAUCAGCUUCACCGUCACCGAGCCGGCGAAGGUGGCCAAGAAGAGGCGCUUCAAGGCCACCUCCUUCACGCGCCAGAACCUGUGGGCCAACGUGUGCCGCGUGUUGCGCCCCUUCGCCAGCCCGACGCUGCUGUCUCUGACGGUGGCGUCCUCAGUGCGCCUCACAGUCGGCAUCAUGUGGGCGUACAACGUGCAGCUUUACUUCGAGGCGGUGGGCCAGUCGGCGGCCGCCAUCGCCGGCUGGCUCUCGUGGAUCCCGCUGGCGGCCGGCUCACUGGGCGCCGUGCUGGGCGGCGUGUUCAGCGACGUGCUGCACGCGCGCCUCGGCCUGGCCGGCCGGCUCUGGGUGCUGGUGCUUAGUCAGCUAGCCACGGCCCCGUGUGCGGCCGCCGCCCUCUACCUGCGGCCGCCGCACGCCUUCUACCUGCUCGUGCCCUGUCUAUGUGCUAGGCGAGAUGUUCAUCUCGGCGAGCGCCGCCGCGGUGGAACUGGCGAGAUGUUCAUCUCGGCGAGCGCCGCCGCCGUCGUGGAGCUGGUACCUGCCGACCUGCGCUCCUCAACGGUGGCCGUGUUUGCUUUCAUCACCACGAACGUGGGCGGCUCGCUGCAGCUGCUGCUGGGUCCGAUCGUGGCUGCCUUCAAGGCGAGCGGCGCCUCGCACGAGCAUGCUUUCCGCAUGGGCCUGUACCUGCUGUUCCCGGGCGGGUUCGCGCUCUCGGGCCUGCUGUUCGUCGUGGCCCUGCACCACCAGCAGACGUCUACCUCGACGCUGUACGGCGACCGCGACGGCCCGGUGCCAAACGCCGUGUAG